CAUAAGUUUCAGAGUACUAUCGGUUUCCUUGUACUGAACAUAAUAUAUCUUUUUAUCACUAUGUUUCAUGUAAAAGUUUUAUUGGUACUUAUUUUAAGUAUAAUUGUUAUUUAUGCAUCAGAAGAAGUAAAAUACUCUGAUAAGUAUGACUAUAUAAACGUUGAUGAAAUUUUGAAUAAUCCAAAACAAAGAGAAAUUUAUUACAAGUGUUUUUUGGGAACUGGACCAUGUCGCACACCUGAUGCUAGAUUUUUUAAAGAACGUUUUCCAGAAGCAAUAGUAACUAAUUGUAGAAAAUGUACAAAGAAACAAUCUGAAAGCUUCGACAAAAUAACUCUAUGGUAUACGACGCAUGAAUUAGACAAAUAUAAUGCUAUUGUUGCUGCAGCAUUAAAAAAAUAUACAAAUAAAAGCAAACAGUAAAUAUAAAAACUGUUAUUAGAUUAAAAAAAAUUAUCAAGAGACUGUAUAAAAUACUACCAUGCAAAACAUAAUUUGAUGUACACAUUAUUCUAGAAUGUUGCCGAAAAAAUUUCUAUUAAUUAAAGCUGGUUCUAAUAUCUCCUUUUAUAGUAAAAUGAAGUUUUUAAGGCAUUAAUGAAUAAAAAUUUGCAUUAUCAAAA